UUUACAUUUGUCUGUGAACAUUAAUGAUAUGCAUAUAAUUAUUUUACGCGUUCAGAAAAGAAUUUCUUGUACGUUGCCCCCUAAAUCGAAGAUAUCUAUGAAAGGAUCGGACACGGUCAAUCGACGAGAAAUAUCGUUUUAAAUCAUCGUGCCAAAGUUCAUGACGACUGGACGCGAAAUGGUCGAGCGUUAGGCUUUUUCGAACAGCGUCGCCGCCUAACAACAACAACAACACCAACAACAAGAAGAUUAGCAGCGAUUGGGGACCAGUUCCUGGUCCAAAAAGCCACAUAUUGCUGCAGAGGCAAAAGGGUUGCUUCCAAACAUCAUGCAGCGACUUCGAGUUUAUUCUAGCUUUGGAGGUAUGCACAACCUUAUUAAAUAUAUAUUCUUAAGUUCAAUGCCUCAUAAUAAUUUGUACUCAUAGCUCAUGCAUGCAGGUAUUUAUCAAGGUGAAACUUUCACUAAAUGUCACCCAUGCAUAUAUACCAGGGCGCAGGUUGCUCAUUCGAUUUACUACAGUAUAUUAACCAUGCAACCGCUCAACCAGGCAAAUCCUAUUUACAACUCAGUAUUAAACGGGAAUAAUUUUGAGGGUGUACUAUAUGAGAAGCUAGGAAUUGGGAUUUCAGAUUUGAUCAUUAAAAAAGCAGACUUAGUUAUAUUAUUGCCCAAGAAAGUUCUGCUUCUAAGUAAAGGGGUGUCGGAUAAACUGAAGUCAGAAGACUUGGACGUUCUUACUGGCUGCGAGAGGGUUACAGAUCUGCUCACCUCAGUCACGACUCUUCGUUGCGAACCAAAGUUUGAAGCUUUCUGGAAAAGUACUUUCCAAAAAUGCCGCAUACUAAGUACUGAAAAACCAAGAGAUGAACUCGUGUGUAAGAUCCCUCGGCGAAUUGACAACAACCCCCAAACCGCCGGUCCACCUUUCACCGAAAGACAAGUUUAG